GGUUUUUUUUUACAGCAGGAAAAGGUACCGCCUCCGCAUUCUGGCUGGAAUCAUUGACAGAAAAGCAUGUUCUGUUGGCAAAUAGCAGAAGAGGUGGACAUCAGACACCACAACUCAGCCUCAUUGUAACCAGAAGGGUGAUAAGCAGAUAAAAAUGUGUCUGUCACUUGCUGUUUCAUAACCGGAUAGGGCCUGUCACACAUGCCUGUUCCAAGCUCUGGUGCUGCUGGUAUUAAAUGAAGUCUUGAAACAAAAGCAGAGCCAUGGUCCUAAUUGGGCACAGACAAUUGAUUUCAUCUUGGCUACUGACAAGCCUGUGCUUAGCUUUUGAUGAAGAGGAACAAAUCUCACCUUCCCCCAAAGCUUAAGGAGCUGGCAGGAAGUGGGGAUUCAUGUGGAAUUCCUACACAGACUAGGGAAAGGGGGCUCUGCUGCCAUCAGCCCUGCCUUCUCAGAAGGAAUCCUGGCAAAGUGGGACAAAUGAUGACAAACUGCUACAAGUCAUCCGAGGAAAUCUUUUCAGAGCAACCGGAUGGGAAAGCGAAUGUGAAGUCCCUCAUGGCGAAGUUUAACACAGGGGGCAACCCCAUGGAGGAGGUCUCGGGCAACAGCAGGCCCUUCAAGGUCCCGGGCCAAAACUCCCCUUCGGGAGUACAGGUCAAAAAGAACUUAUUCAACAACCAAGGAAAUGCCAGCCCUCCUGCAGGACCGAGCAAUGUGCCCAGGUUUGGGUCCCCAAAGCCCCCUCUGGGGGUGAAACCUUCUUCUGAGGAAAAGCCUGACAAGGAGCCCAAACCUCCAUUUCUAAAGCCGACCGGAGUGAAUCCCAGGUUUGGACCACAGGCUAACUCGGCCACCAGAGACCCCGAGGUGAAACCGGGAUUUCUGAAACCUGUAGGCCCCAAGCCCAUCAACUUGCACAAAGAAGAUUCCAAACCUGCAGUUCCCUGGCCUCCUGGGAAUAAGCCUUCACUUCACAGUGUAAACCAAGACCAUGACUUGAAGCCACCAGGCCCCAAGCCGGGGUCAAAUCAUCCAGCCCAGGAAAAUGAACCGAAGCAAGUCUUCCCAAAGCUGGCUGGGGCUAAAGGCAAGUUUAUGUCAGCCUCACAAGAUCAGGACCCCACGCCCCUCUUCCCCAAACCUGUCUUUGGCCAGAAGCCAUCCCUGAAUACAGAUGACCCCCAGGAAGACGAAAGCCCCACCAAGACUGUGGCUCAACAGAGAGGCCCCCCGGCCCCCUUGGGAGCCAAGGCCAAAUCCGGCCCUUUGAAACCAGCCAGAGACGACCUAGAGAAUAAAGAGCGUGGAGGCGAGACGUCAAGUUUUCCUUUUCCUGGAGUCGUUCUGAAACCUGCUGCAAGCAGAGGGUCCCCAGGCCUCUCCAAAAAUGCUGAAGAGAAAAGAGAAGAUAGGAAGGUGGAUGCUGCUAAGAACGUCUUCCUGAGCCAAGUGAAUCCGGAAGAGCCGGCCUCUGGGGCCCCUCCUGCCAAGUUCCUGAAGACACCUUCGAAGCGGACAACGGCAGGGCCCUGGGGCCCAAGUCAAGAAAAGGAAAAGGAGGACCAGAAUUCAGCCACCCCCAAGCGGAAACCCCUGCCCUCCUUGUUUAUCCUGGGCCCCCCUCCACAAAAGCCCAGCAGACCGCCGCACGUUGACUUGACGAAAUUCUGGAAAGCCGCUUCUGGAAACAGUGAGUUCUUCUCUCAUUUGCUAUUUUGCGCAUGUUUUUUUCCCAGCAGAGGGUGAUCUAGCUUCCGGGGA